AUGUGCGUGCGUGCGUGUCUGGAAACCAGGGUAAACCCAGGACCCCCACACCCGGUGCUUCUUGCUGGGAUCCUGGGGGGGGCGCUGGUGGAGGGGGGCCCCUCGGGGCUGACCCCUACCCGCCAUGUCCCGCAGGUGCUGGCGGCCGAGGAGAACGUGGACUUCCGCAUCCACGUAGAGAACCAGACGCGGGCGCGGGACGACGUGAGCCGCAAGCAGCUGAGGCUCUACCAGCUGUACAGCAGGACCAGCGGGAAGCACAUCCAGGUGCUGGGCCGGCGCAUCAGUGCCCGCGGCGAGGACGGAGACAAGUAUGCCCAGCUCCUGGUGGAGACGGACACCUUUGGCAGUCAGGUCCGGAUCAAGGGCAAGGAGACAGAGUUCUACCUGUGUAUGAACCGAAAGGGCAAGCUUGUCGGUAAGCCUGACGGCACCAGCAAGGAGUGCGUGUUCAUUGAGAAGGUUCUGGAGAACAACUACACGGCCCUGAUGUCAGCCAAAUACUCGGGCUGGUACGUGGGCUUCACCAAGAAGGGGCGGCCGCGGAAAGGCCCCAAGACCCGCGAGAACCAGCAGGACGUGCACCUCAUGAAGCGCUACCCCAAGGGCCAGACCGAGCUGCAGAAGCCCUUCAAGUACACCACAGUGACCAAGAGGUCCCGCCGCAUCCGGCCUACCCACCCCGGCUAGGCCCCCCCGCCCGUCCGCCAGCGCCGGCCACACUCACACAGAACUGCGUCAGAGGAAUAUUUUUACAUAGAGAAAAAUAAUAAUAAUAAUAAGGGAGAGGCUCUAUUUUUGUACAUUGUGUUUCAAAGAGGACACACAACUGAACUUUCUUGACUCUUGGGGGGUGGAGGUGGGGGGCGUGUGAGGAGGGUCCUCCAGCUGACUUGACCCCCUUUUGGCAAAAGACUCAGCAGGGGUGACUGUCCCCCCCCACCCCGCCCCAGAGGAUCGGACAACGCUGGACUCAGGUCCCCCCAGGGGGAGGACUUGACGGAGGAACGCGACACUCAGAGAAACCAAAGUCAUUUUUUUAUCCCCCCCCCCAAGGUUCUGAAAGCAAAGAAAGAAAAAGAAGAAAAGAAAAAAAAAAAAAGGAAAGAGAAACAGAGGGAAAGCAAAGAUACUUCCCCCCAAAAGACUCCCCCACCACCUCUUUUCCUGCCACCCCCUUCCCCCCACUGUGCCCGAACUCCAACAAAAAUCGCUCUCUGGUUUGCAGUCAUUUUAUUUAUUGUCCGAGCUCCAAGCGGGUCCCCGGCACCAGUCCCAUCAGCCCGCCCGUUUGCAACGCUCGGAGCCUGGAGUCUGGAGGAUGCUGCUACAGCCUGCCCGCCUCUCUGACCCCGUGCGCCACUGAGAAGGGGCUAUUGUAAAGCCAGCUAUAUUAUAUAUGUUAUAUAU